CCCGCAUUCGAUGAUCGGAUUACUGUAUAAUUACGACCAAGUGUUCAGUAACGCGUAACGGUGGUCCGUGAACUGAACACUUUUGGACAGGUAUAACACGGGGUCUCCGACUUGCUGGUGCAUGCCAAAUAUGGGGUUUUUUCGCCACUACGCGGCCGGUUUCAGCCUAAAUAUAGCAAGUGGACCCUGUAUGAACACUUUGCCGACUGAACACUUGGAACCCGGGAUCUUUUCUCCCAUGGGCGCACCAUUCAUUGUAAUCGCAUCGUUCCUCGUCUAUCUGCUUCAUCGAUGGUUUAAGCGACCGUCAGUCAAGCACGUCAAGGGACCAUCAUCACCCUCUUUCUGGCUUGGCCACGAACGUGUCCUUCGCGAUCAGAAUAAUGCAGGCGACCUCGAAACAAAAUGGCGCAGGGAAUAUGGUACCCUUUAUCGUACUGGGGGCUGUUUUGGGCAAGACGUCCUAGUAGUGUGUGACCCCAAGACCCUCGAGCACGUCUUUCGUUCGUCACAUCCUUAUCUCAAAUCACAGGACGUCAUCUUCAUCCUGGAUCUCAUUGUUGGUAAAGGCCUUUCCAGUGUUGACGAGGAAACGCACCACCGCCAACGCAAGAUUCUAAAUCCGGCAUUCUCCCCUGCACAGUUUCGGAAAGCGCAGGCCAUCUUCCAGCAUUGUUGUGACAAACUCGUGAAUAGCAUGAAAGAAUCUCUGACUGCCAGCGGUACGAAUGAAGCUAUCAAUAUUCUUCAGUGGACAAGCAAAGUUGCCCUGGAUAUUAUUGGGCUAGCCUCAUUUCGGUACGAUUUUGGUUCGCUCGACGGUCGGAAUACCGAGUUAGGGCAAGUGAUGAGACAUCUCUUCACGGCCUCGCAAUCCAAUCCAACGGCAUUCGAGCUUAUUCUUGUGACUCUGAUGCGAAUGCUUCCACAUUCGACACUAGGAUUACUAAGGUUGAUUCCCACCCGAGAGAUUCGUCUGCUCACUAGCGUGGGAACUGUGGCUAAGAAAACUGCCCGGGAAGUUAUAGCUGGCCAUGAUGAAGCGCAGGCGCCAGAAGGCGAUGGAGAUGUUGUUGAUGUCUUAGCGAGAGCGCGCUUAGCAGGCAAAAUGCAGGAUGAUGAAAUAGAAGCGCAGUUAAUGACCUUCGUCGUUGCCGGGCACGAGACGUCGAGUACUAGUAUAGCUUGGUUGCUAUACGAACUCGCUGCACAUCCUGAGCAUCAAUCCAUAAUUCGUGCAGAGCUCAGACAAUCAAACGACUACGACUCUAUGUCAUUUUUGAACGCGGCUAUCAAAGAGGCUCUCCGUCUACACCCAAUUGCGCAUUCCUUGAUACGUACCGCUCCUCAUGACGACGUUCUACCUCUCUCCGGAGGGAAGACGCUUGCCAUACCCAAGGGGCAGACACUAGUUUGUUCUGUUUACCUAUACAAUCGUCUUCCGUCUCUCUGGGGAGACGACGCAGAAGAGUGGAAUCCAGCUCGGUUUUUUGAACAGACUCUGCCUGUAUCACUGGGUGUGUAUGCUAAUCUGAUGACAUUUAGCGCUGGAUCUCGCUCAUGCAUCGGGUGGCGAUUCGCGGUCAUGGAAAUGCAAACAAUCCUAGCCAACCUGAUUCUACACUUCGAAUUCAGUUUGCCCGAGGGAGGGGUCGAGGUCCUACACUUUCCUGGGUCACCAGGGGUUGUACCCAUCGUGAAGGGCGAAGCACGUUUAGGCACUCAAGUGCCCUUAAGGGUGAGGGUUUUACAUUAGUGACUCCGCAGGCUGCCAGGACCAAGAUUUAUCGAUUUGUGUAUUCUGUCAUCGACAAUCUAAAAGCCUUACGAAAUUAAGGCAUUGCAGGAGAGCAAGACUUGCUUUCAAGGAUGCAGAUAUGAUGUCGUAUUGGUACU